AUGGCCUUAUCGGUUGGGCCGUCUUCGUCGAAAAUAUUGUGGACGAGAGCUGUUGCGGAGCAGUAUUUGACGCUCCACUGGUCUACCUCCUCCAGCCUUCUACUUCACACGAUCGACCCCACAGUGGAAACAAACAAACUCAUUACCUUCGUUCGAAAGCGGGUACGUCAGCUGGAGGCCACCAAACUUGCCGAGGCCGCGCAGUCCGCGUCGAGAGAGGCCAACACGGAUCGAAACUCGAUCAGACCGAUUGACAGCAAGCAUCGGCGUCUCGUGAGCACGGUGGCCGCAGGCGUCGCGAAGCCGAAAUCCAACACUUUCAUUCCCAAACCGUGUCUGUUCUGCGCCGUCAAGGACCACAACAGCUCUAAGUGUCCAGCCGCCAUCACCAUCGCUCGGCGCCAUGAAAUUCUCCGCGAGCGAAGACGAUGCCCAAGGUGUUUCCGAACCGUUCACCCGUCUCCGACUGAGUGUCGAGGCCCCCGAUCUCCGUGCCUCAAGUGCAAAUCGCCCGAACACUACACGUCGAUGCAUUCGGACGAAGCCACAGGGGCUAGCCCGGCAGUCACCGUGGUCUCCAGCGCGCACUGUGCUAGCAACUCCCUGCUCUGGACGAUGUGCGCAUACGUUACGAACCAUGGAUUAAGGAUCCCUGUGAGAAUCUUCGUCGAUUGUGGAAGCUCUCUGACAUUUGUGACCCCGUCCCUGCGUGCCAUGCUCCGAGAGACGCCCGUCAGUGUACACGAUCUCAACAUCCAAGGCUAUGACAACUUUCAGAGGAAGAAGGGAGUCCCGGUGUACAAACUCUGCAUCGCCGGACCUAGAGGCGAGCCGGCGAUCCAGGUGCUCGCUUACGAGUCGGAGUUCGGUGUCAACCCUUCGAACAUCAGUCCUCGUAAUGUCAAGGACGCGCUGGUGAAGUUCGACCAAAACUUCCCUCUCGCCGACCGAUCUUACGUGGGAGAGUGGACCGCGUCACCGCCUGCGAUUCUACUGGGCAUGAACCAGUGGAACAAAUUCAAGACCAACGCCGCUCCAAAGGACAUAAUCGGAGACAUCGCCGCGUAUCCCACCAGGUUCGGGUGGGUGGUGGGAGGGGACACUGAGCCCGAGGGUCCCACUCGGGGGAGCGAUGUCGUAGUGGCUCACGCAGUAUGCUGCGUCGCUUCCCUCGCGCUGUCGCGGCCCGCCGAGGAAGUCGAGCGACUUUGGAACCUAGAGACGAUUGGAAUCGUGGACAAGCCGUCCGCGAACCCUCACCUAUCCGCCGACGACGAAUCAGCACUCCAACAAUUCCACGCCGGGUUGACUUACGCGGACAACAGAUACACCGUGUGUUUCCCGAAACGCUCCUCGAUCGAACAGCUACCGGAUACUAGAGAGCUCGCAAUGCGACGCUUAAGCCGAAAAAUCACAAGCUUGUCGGCGACGCCGGAGCGCUAUGAGCGCUACAACAGCGAGUUGCUUCAAUUCGUUGCGGAUGGAUUCGCAAGAGAGAUCGAUCCUGCGGAAAGCAACCCGCCGACGACAUAUCACAUGCCCCACCACGAAGUUGUAAACUCCUCCGGGAAGUGGCGCAUCGUGUUCGAUUGUUCGGCCAAGGAUCGUGGCGGGACCUCGCUCAACGAGCACCUGAUCCAGGGCCCAAACCUCAACCCAGAGCUCAUCACGCCGCUUCUGAGGUUCCGAACUAAUCGAGUUGCCAUCUCCGCGGAUAUCGCCAAGGCUUACAUGAUGCUGGCUGUCCAUGAGGAGGACCAAGCUUCGUUCCGGUUUAUUUGGAAAGGCCCUGGCGAUGACGACACCAGGACAUUCCAGAUGACUCGCGUCACCUGGGGCGCCUCCCCCUCCGGAUUUCUUUUGGCGGCCACGGUGCGUGAGCAUCUCAGACGGGCCGGACCCGACGCCGCCCGACUCGGUUCCUAUUUCUACGCCGACGACUUUCUCCUUAGCUGCCGGUCUGUCCAAGAGGCGAAGGAGGUCGCGGAUCUCGCACGCAGGACCCUGGCCAGCGCGGGCAUGAAAUUAGCGAAAUGGAAGAGCAGCCCACAAAAAGUCCUUGAGCAUCUCGCGGCGACAGGAGUCGACAGAAACAAUUUCGAUAAGCAAACAUCUGGAUUCUUCAAAGUUUUGGGAAUCUCGUGGAACACCGAGACGGACACCUUCCAUUUCUCCAUGCCCGAUCUGCGAACUCAGACGGAUGCGGGUCGUGUCAUCACGAAGCGCCGUGCUCUCAGCAUCAUUGCCGCCUUUUACGACCCACAUGGAUGGUUCCUCCCCUUCACGCUCCGAGGGAAGCUGAUUAUCAGACGCCUCUGGGCGGUCGAUCUUCAGUGGAACGAUCCUAUCCCCGAGGACGUCCACAAGGACCUCACAGACUGGAUAUCCGAGCUCCGGGUUCUGCAGGACCACAACCUUCCAAGACGAUUUUCCGGCCGGGAGGGAGACGCCGCCUCUUACCAUCUCCAUAUGAUGGGAGACGCAUCGCAGAAGGCGUUCGCCGCCGUCGCAUACAUCGAGUACCGAUACACGGACUGCACAAGUGACUUUGCGCUCGUAAUGUGCAAAUCGCGAGACGCUCCCCGCGAGCCCCAGUCCCUUCCACGUCUUGAACUCCUCGCUGCCGUCAUCUCUGUGCGCCUCAGUCGGUUUCUCAUCGAUAACCUCGACAUCGAGUUCAGCAGCGUGUGCUACUACACGGACUCCAGAAUCACAUAUCAUUGGGCGACAUCGGUUCGUCCUGGCGUCUGGAAGCCAUUCGCCAACAACCGUGUCUUGGAGAUACAGAAGCACUCAAAUCCGGACCAAUGGUUCUUCGUCCAGGGGACCAGCAACGUGAGCGACCUCGCCACACGUGGUAUAUCGGCCGAGUCACUGAUCAAUUGUUCCGAUUGGUGGUUCGGUCCCUCGUGGCUAAGGUCGCCUCGUGAAAGGUGGCCCAUCUCGCAACCUCAAACCGAAAGCUCAUCGUUCGAGCAAGUAAGCGAUGAAACGCGAAAGGUGGUUGCUCCCGUGGUGCUCUCGGAGCCGGCGGAAGCACACAUCGUCCGUGAAUGUCAACAACAGUUCCUACGUCAGGAGAUCACGGACACCAAGGCGGGACACCGCCCGUCUUCGUCGUCGAAGUUGGCAGCCCAUCAGCUUUUCAUCGACGAGCAAAACAUACUGCGCGUGCGAACGCGGCUGACCGGCGUGAUCUAUACUUACGAUCAGAUGAAUCCCGUGGUCAUUCCCGGUGAGUCUAGGCUAACCCGACUCCUCGUCAUUGACGUGCACCGAAUCAAUGCCCACUUCGGAGCCAAUGUAAUCCUCAUGCAUCUCAGAGAAAAGUUCUGGAUAACACGUGCAAGGCAGCUCGUUAAGAGCGUCCUCCACAAACGUGUAGUAUGCCGUCGCCGCCAAGGUCGCCACGCUCAACAGAUUGAGGGGGCUCUUCCCGAGUUCAGGACAGAGUUCCAGGCGCCGUUCGCCGCCGCGGGCGUGGACUUCUGUGGACCGUUUCACACUCGUGACCGCGACGGUCCUAGGAAGACUUACAUCGCGCUUUUCACGUGCGCCGCGAUCCGGGCGGUUCACCUGGAAGCCGUUCCGUCACUAUCGGGCCCCCAGACGAUGCUGACAAUUCGCCGCUUCCUCGCCGCACACCCAGCCUGCACGCACUUAAUCUCGGACAACGCAAAAAACUUCACGAAAGCGUCUACCGAGCUCAAAAAAUUGUUCAAUUCCGUCAACGAAUCCCAGAUGCGGGAAAUGUUGCGCGGCCGAAAUAUCCAGUGGACCUUCAUCUGCCCGAGAGCCCCGAAUCGGGGAGGUUUCUACGAAAGGCUCAUCGGCGUCCUGAAGUCGUGUCUAUACAAGACCCUAGGUCGAAGCCUCGUGGGAUAUGAGGAAUUCCGAACCAUACUCUGCGAGCUCGCAGCCGUCAUCAACAAGAGACCGGUUACAUACGUGUUGAGCGACCCGGACUCAGUCGAGCCGCUAACCCCGGACAACUUCCUUCAGGGCGGCCCGAGCUUCGUGCCCGUCGCCCAGGCGGAACCCGUGGACCUGCUCCGCAGCGACGAGGGGUACAGCGCCGAGCAGCUUCGCCAUGGGCUUCUGAAGCGGACAACUUACUUCGCUAGCCUUCGCUCACGCUGGGCCCGCGAAUACCUGAUGCUCCUGCGCUCGCUAAACGCAACAUGGGGCUCUCCGACCGCGCCGUUGGCUGUCGGAGAGGUUUGCCUCGUCCGGGACAGCAAUCGGUCCAGGACCCGUUGGGAUUUGGUUCGAGUGGUCGAGGCCCAUCGCGGCCGGGACGGGCAUGUGCGCACCUAUACGGUAAACAAUCGUGACUGGUACAUCGCCGUCGAACCGACCGUGUUUUUCAUCGCCUUUUUCGUAGGACCGAGGACUCCGAGCCCGUUCCAUAGCUACCCCAACGACCUGAAGAUACAUACGGAGGAUCAACGAACCGGAUUCCCCACAGUUGUUGAAGGCAUGGAGUUCCUCGAGAAAAUCAACGGGGUCAUUUGUGACAAAGACGGAAGACCUAUGUAA